AUGUCAAUUUCCUCCAUCAGGGGACUCCUCUCCAGCUACUCCCCCGUCUCGGAAUUCUCGCCGGACUUGGAGAAGGAAUACCAACUACCCCUUCGAAAUGGAUCGUCGAGCGACCUCGAGUCUUCAGCCGACGAGGCAAAGCCCUGUCGGCCAAAAACGGAGAAAGCGGACUCUAAAGUCAUCGACGGUCGACUGGUAUCGGAUGCCAUCAUCGGUCUUUCCGACGGUAUGACGGUGCCUUUUGCAUUGACUGCUGGGCUGUCUGCGUUGGGAGACACAAAAGUCGUGGUAUUCGGUGGAAUGGCUGAACUCAUUGCGGGUGCCAUAUCCAUGGGUCUAGGAGGAUAUUUGGGAGCAAAAAGCGAGGAGGAAUCCUACCGCGCCACAUUAAAGGAGACUGAAAGCCAAACCAUGACAGAUCCAUCCGGGGUGACGGACACAAUUUCCGAUAUCUUCGCGCCUUACGACCUUCCUCCCCACCUCGUCUCCGAACUCACCAGACAUCUUUCGACCUCCCCGAUGCUACCAUCUUUUCUCAUGAAUUUCCAUCAUACCCUUCAAGAACCUUCCGGAUCACGCGCCUUUAUCUGCGCUCUGACAAUCGCCCUGGGCUAUUUCAUCGGUGGCUUCAUCCCGCUACUCCCCUACUUUUUCGUUGGGCCUAACGAUGCCUUUAUUGCGCUGCGUUGGUCCAUCGCUACUAUGGUUGUGGCGCUGUUCCUGUUCGGUUAUGGCAAAACUUGUUUCGUAAGCGGCUGGAAGGGUGGUCGGAAUGUUCGACGCGGACUCAUAGGUGGUUUACAAAUGGUCUUGGUUGGCGGUGUUGCAGCAGGAUCUGCCAUGGGUUUGGUCAAGGGUUUCCAAUUAAUGGCUUCUGGUGGCAGUGAUGGAGGAGAACAGUAA